GAGUCACCUCCUCCAGCUCCGCCAUCUUGCGUGAGGUACUCGGGUCCGUCCCGACGGCUUCGGGCAUCUUCGGUAAUUUCCGCCAACGCCCUUCGAACGGAUCGAGCUGGCCCCGCCCACUGCCGUAGUCUACGCCUCGAUUACCACUCAGCACUCCCCGGGUUCUUCCGUAACUAUUCGGGUGUUUCCGUCUUCACGUCGGCGCCAAUCGGUUCUUCCUAUCCGUCCUGCUUCUCCCCCUCCCGCGGCCUGCUUUCAGGCUCGGUUAUCUUCGUUUUGACGAAGCUUUGACUCGAAGGUGUUCGGAAGCGCUCGAGGCUAGCAUAACCAUAAUCGGAUGUGCUCGGCUGUUUCCGGACCUGUCGCUGGCGCGCUGGGGAGCUUGGGGCUUCGGGGUUGGUCCCGUACCGGAAGUGCGUGGGCAGCCGGGCUGGCCCUGUUUAGGAUUUUCAGGAAACAUGGAAGCGGCUGCGGCAGCCGGAUCCUAAAGGACUCUCGGGACGUUCUCCGGGGACGCUUUGAGAGGAAAGGGUAGGAUGCCGCUGGAAUCCUCCUCUUGGUCGCUGCCACUUUCCAUGCCUUCACCCCUGCCCUCGGUCCCACAGGGUGCUGCUGACUCUUCCCCUCCCCCAAUGUCUUACAUCACCUCCCAGGAGAUGAAGUGUGUCCUCCACUGGUUUGCCAGUUGGUCGAAUCCGCAGCGGGAACGUUUCCUACAGGACCUGGUGGCUAAGGCAGUACCCGGGAAGCUGCAGCCGUUGCUCGAGGGUCUGGAGCAGCUCACCGUGUCUGGGGCCAGCCAACCGCCUUGCAUCUUUGAGUGUCAGCUACGUCUUUGGGAUCAGUGGUUUCGAGGCUGGGCUGAGCAGGAACGCAACGAGUUUGUCAGGCAGCUGGAGGUCACUGAGCCAGACUUCGUGGCAAAGUUUUACCAAGCAGUGGCCGCUACUGCUGGUAAGGACUGACCACUAAGCAUUCAGAUCAAAGAGAGUAACCACAGUGAGUGGGCAAGGCUGUGACUAUACAGCGAGGAUUCAGGUGUGUCCCUCGGGAGGCUGGGGAUGUGACCCAGGAGCUGACUAGACCUUGCUGUCCACAUGAACACGUCUGUUACACUGUUGUGAAUGUAUUCAAGUAAAUCCAGAUCAUGUCUGUCUCAUGGCUUGCUUCUUUCUAAGAGAUGUCAAACCCUCAAGAAUUUGAUAGUUAAUUGGCAAUUAUAAGCAGAAGGAAAUCUGUAUGUUAUAACUCAAACUCUCCUGCUGGCCCGUGAGAAAUACAGUCAUGGAAAAUUCAAGAGAGGGAUACAAUUACUUCUUCUUAUACACUGUGUGUAUUUGAACCCAAAUAAUAUAAAUAAUAAUGACCUUUUUCUAAAAGCACACUUGAUAUUCUUGGAGAUGGUAGCGGCAUUCCUGUUCUGUCAGUUUGUUGUACAGUAUUGUGAAGAUUGACACCCUUUGUAGGGUGAACAGUUUAUUUUUUUGUAUCAAAAUAAAAAAUGAAUCUUCAUGGUCCUAAGA